UGGACGGGACGCGACACUUCUUCAACAAGGACAACAGGCUACUGAUUAAACCACCUCGGUUGUUUGCUAGCAAACAUAAAACCGGUCAAAUUUAGACAUUUUUUGUGUAUAUUAACCUCAGUGUUUUAAACACACUGUCUGCGAAUUUACUAGUUAAUCUAUUUACUUUAAUAUUUACGUUGUCAGCUAGCUAGCUGUUUUAGUUAGCCUUGCACUAGGCUAGUCUAACGUUCCCGACCAUGAGUUCACUACCCUACUCCCCACCUGCUAAAGAAGAGGAGGUCUGCUGGACGGAGAAAGAAUCUCCCGUGAAAGAGAAGGAAGAGGAGGCUGUCACAGUUAAAAUGGAAGUAGAGGGUGAGGCUGUUACAGUGAAAGAGGAGGUGGAUGUUACUGUCGAAGAAGAGGAAGACGGGUUCAGAGUGAAAGAGGAGGAUGUUACAGUGAAAGAAGAGGCUGCAGUUGAAAAAGUGAAAGAGGAGGAGGAUGAGAUUACUGUCACAGUGAAAGAGGAGGAAGAAGAGAAGAAUGAAGAUCUGAUUAACACCUGUGAGAAUGGACAUCUGAUUAACACCAGUGAGAAUAGAGAUCUGAUUAACACCAGUGAGAAUAGAGAUCUGAUUAACACCAGUGAGAAUGGACAUCUGAUUAAUACACGUGAGAAUAUAGAUCUGAUUAACACCAGUGAGAAUGGACAUCGGAUUAACACCAGUGAGAAUAGAGAUCUGAUUAGCACCAGUGAGAAUAGAGAUCUGAUUAACACCAGUGAGAAUAGAGAUCUGAUUAGCACCAGUGAAAAUGGACAUCUGAUUAACACACGAGAGAGACAAGACUCUCACGCUGACAGCGAAAAGUGUCUUUCAGAAGAACCAGAGACAUCCAAACCAGCAAGACGACGCAACUCUUCCCAAUGUGGAAAGAGUUUUACCAAGUAUGGGAGCCUUAAAAAGCAUGAGACCACACACACAGGAGAAAAGACCUACGAAUGUUCGCAGUGUGGAAAGAGUUUUACAAGGUUAUGGAACCUAAAAGAACAUGCGAGGACACACACAGGGGAAAAGCCUCAUCACUGCUCCCAGUGUGGAAAGAGUUUUAUCCGGUUAAGCCACCUGAAAGAACACAAGAGAACGCACACAGGGGAGAAGUGUUAUUACUGCUCCCAGUGUGGAAAAGGUUUUAUCCAGUUAAGGAAACUGAAAAUGCAUGAAAUGACACAUACAGGGGAGAAGCCCUACCACUGCUCCGAGUGUGAAAACAGAUUUGUUUCAUCAGGCGCCCUGAAAUCACAUAAGAGAACACACACAGGGGAGAAGCCAUACCUCUGUUCCCAGUGUGGAAAGAGUUUUAGCUGGCCAGGGCAACUGAAAGAGCAUGAGAGGACACACUCAGGAGUGAAGCCUUACUAUUGUUCCCUGUGUGGAAAGAGUUUUACCCAUUUAGGAAACUUAAAAAGGCAUAAAAGAUCACACACUGUAGAGAAGCCGUAUCAAUGCUCCCAAUGUGAAAAUGUGUUUUUAUCACCAUGGGAUCUGAAAAAACAUGAGAGAACACACUCUGUAGAGAGGCCUUUCAAAUGUUCUCAGUGUGGAAAGAGAUUUAUCCAACGUUGUCAUUUGAAAGCACAUGAAAAAAUACACACAGGUGAAAAACCAAUGUGCUCUCAUUGUGGAAAGAGUUUUACCCAGUUAGGGAGCCUAAAAGAGCAUGAGAGGACACACACGGGAGAGAAGCCAUACCACUGUUCUCGAUGUGGAAAGAGUUUUACCCGGUUGUGGUGCCUGAAAGCACAUGAGAGAACGAAGAAGCUAUGUUCUGACUUAUGUUGUUGACUGAGAAUGUGUUUUUGUUCAUGUCACAUAACAUCAACUUGGUUCGAUGCUUAGUUGCUGCCUACUUUUUUUAAACUUAUAAAUAUACUCAUUGAUUCUUGAUGAAUAUAACUUAUAAAUGCCUCAAGAGCUUAGUUCAACUGUCAUACUCAGAUUUCAAAAUACAUGCUUGAUUUGCUCCAAUGUUUGUAAACGAUGUAAAUGUAAACAAACAUUGUAUAAGCCUCAAAACAUAGUUAAAACUAUAAUUUUCAUAUUAUGGAAGGUCAGUACUUGCAUCCAUAGCUCCGUCUAUUAAUUUGAUAGUGGUUACAUUUCUCCAGGCCCCAUCCCUCAGCCUUUUACCAAAACAGAGGCAGGGCGCCCGUUUAGUUAUUGUUUCAACUAAGGAUUCUAGCUUUAAAACGUCAAAUAUAGCCGUUUUUUAAAAUCUCAAUAUCAAGUCAUUUCUGGGUAAUAAUUAGGUACCUUACUGUGAUUGUUUUCAAUUCAAAUGGUCAAAACAAAAAAUAACUUCUUAGAAAAGAGCAAUUUCUCAAGCAAGAAUUUUGAUAGGACUGAGUGGGGAGGGAACAACUGAACUAGCUGUUACUGGCAGAGAGGUUUUGAUAGGACUGAGUGGGGAGGGAACAACUGAACUGGCUGUUACGGGCAGAGAGGUUUUUGAACUUUCUUUCUUAUUGAUCUGAUAAUUAAUUUACUGCCUAUUGAUGAUAUCAAGAACGCCAAAACGCCAUCCUGCCAAAACAAACUGAAAUUUCAGGCGGUCUUUUCAAACGGCUCUGACACUAAAAAGGCAUGAUCAUAAUUUUCACAGUAUUAUUCCAUUAAGUAUGUCAGUUUUAAUAGCAAGCAUGACAGUUUCAAUUUGUACGCUCUCUGUGAUU